CAGCCCUACGCUAACUCUUAUUACAGUGUAAAUAUUUGAACUGUAACAGAUUGCUUUCAGAAUCCAAGUGAACGUUCGCGUGACACCGGUACUUUCCGCCAGGUGGCGCAGCGGUCUUUUUUCUUCUCCUCACGAUACAUGUCUGCGCACACGAACACCCUGAGAAUGCGGGUCGGUAGCUGCCGAUCAUUUUUAUCCACCAAUCUGUGGCAGCAGCCUUCUUGCUUAUAAAUGUUUAUUCUCCAAUUGGCAACAGCAUUUGCCUGUCAAUCUUUCUGGCCCCUCCCCUAACACGCUCCUCCGUACUGAAGACUGAACUUUACGGAGCCACCGGACUCUGCAGCCCUGCGACGUGGAAGGUAAGAAGUUGAGCCCGAGCUGUUGGACUCGCCGAAAGAAAACAUGACAGCCGAUGACAAUGUGUGCCACUUAAGGGAUUUGGGGAUCAUGCAACGAAUCGUUCAGUAGUGGCGGAGGAGUGAUGAUUUAAAGUUGAAGGAAGACAGAGCACGAGAUCAGGACUUUGAACUUUUGGGGUCUUUGCACCGUUCGGCGAUCCCGGCACCCUGCAACCAUGAACGGAGCGGCGGCGAUCGUUCUCAUCAGCCUGGCCAUGUUCGUAGGAUGCUAUGCCUUGGGCUUGAUCCCGAUCGUGAUCAAACUUUCAGAGAAAAAGCUGCAGUUUGUCAGCGUCCUGGGGGCAGGCCUGCUGUGCGGAACGGCCCUGGCGAUCAUCAUUCCCGAGGGGAUUGAACUGCUGGAGGAUUCGCUGAGAGCUUCUCUCCCGCUUUGCACCCCUGUGGCACUAAAUGGCAAUGGAACUGAUGGGACGCCUGCAGAAAAACCACCGUUGCCCCCUCAUUUUUUCAUUGGCAUUUCCUUAGUGGGGGGCUUCAUUCUGAUGUUCAUUGUGGACCAAAUCGGGAGCUACUUGUCCUUUCGGAACCCCCACACAGGAUUGUCAGGAAUUUCCAGCAUGACUGCCACCUUAGGCUUAGUGAUCCACGCGGCAGCUGAUGGUGUGGCACUUGGAUCUGCGGUGGCCUCGUCUCAGGUCUCUGUUCAAGUCAUUGUGUUUUUGGCAGUCAUUCUGCACAAGGCACCUGCAGCAUUUGGACUGGUGUCGUUCCUGUUGCAUACUGGUUUGGAGAAGAGGCAGAUCCAGAAACACCUUCUGGCUUUUUCCAUAGCGGCUCCAAUACUAGCAGUCGCAACGUUCUUCAUUCUCAGUAUGACUGGAGGGACGUCUCAACACCGACUCAGUGCCACAGGGAUUGGUAUGCUGUUUUCUGCUGGGACGUUUCUGUAUGUGGCCACCAUCCACGUCUUGCCAGAAAUCAGCCACAGAGGCCACCGACAAUCGCAACAACAUCACCGCGGCUCUGGGGACUACGAGUAUGGCGGUCUGGGCCUUUGGGAGAGCGUGAUGCUUGUCGUUGGCAGUGGACUUCCUGUUUUGCUGUCGCUUGGACUGCAUGACUGAAGAGGUCGAUUAUUUUAAAGGGAAAGGAAACUCAACUCUCAGAGCUGGCAAAGCAUUUCCAAAGGUGCUGGUUUUAAUGGAUGUGUCCCUCUGUGUGCUGCCGCCGCAUCCUCCAUCCAUCCAUCCACCUUGAAACAUUCAGGACUUGUAGGUGGGCAUUUAUAGGAGUGACGGGAGUCCUCACAGCAGCCUUGACAGGAGCCCUGAUUAGCUACGGGCAUACAUGGCACAACUCUGUCACUUUUACUGACCGCCUGGCUGCUCUGGUUAAGGGUCUGCAGUAUUCUGACCGUUCCUUCAUCUACUGAGGAGUCCAGUCCAGGCAUGAACUGCAAAAGACUUAAGACUGCGGACGUUUAUUUCCUGGUGGUAACUAAAAUGGUAAAGGUACAAUUUGUUUUUUGUAUUUUUUUGCUGGUUUUAUUUAUCAUGUGAUAAAAAGCAGUGGGGUCUACUUGUCAAAUUAAUCAACAUACAGCAGUCUUUCGUUCCCACUUGGUGGGUAGGUGACCACUGAUGGUGGGGCAAACGCGUAUUUACCACUCGGCCUUAUAGCAUUUGUAAUGCUUAGUUUUGAUGUUAAAUGAAUCUGCUCUGACGCGUGGGGCGUCUCACAAACACAUCGCCGGAGGUUUGUAUUUGAUUUCAGGGCAUCAGUUUGGCUGGCACUCUGAAUUCUGAUUAAUUUCAAAUGAAAUGUCGCUACUGAACGACACACAGGAGCAAGCGUGCAGCUUCUCACAUCCCAACAGCUCCUCGGUCCUUUUCCAUUUCUCUCUUUCUGGUCACUUAGAUUAAGUGUAUUGGUUUUGGGCUGACGUCUUUAUCCAAGGCGACUUGCAACGUUUAUGAUACAAUUGGUUCCGUUUCUUUUGCUUUUAUAAUUGAAGCGCAGGCAGGUGAAGUGACUUUCUCAUGGCCACCUGGUGUCAGUAGUGGGAUUUGAACACACAGCCUCACGGUUUGAAAUCCGAAGCCUUAACCACUAUGCCACACUGCCUGACAUUAGCCAACUUUUAAUUAAUUAAAAUUGUGUUAUUCUACAUUGGCAGUUUUAUUUUACUAUUAAAUCACCUGCUACACCAUAUUCUCUCCUGUUUGUUAAAAUCAAAUAUUCUUUAGAAAAAAGAAACAAAACAUAAAAUUGGCACAGGGCAGACCAAAACGUCAUAUAUCUUGGUGUAGCCAACAUGUUCAUGUUUUGGCCAUGAGCUGUCAGACUGAAGUUGUAGGCACACGCAGUUCUUCAGUUUCUAUUUUGAAAUGUGAUCAUAACAAAGACAGGCCAGUGUCACUUGCUUCACCUGCACCGCCAGCAGCCUGUGUCAUUUUGUACAUUUAUUUUGACGUCAAAGAACCUGAAUCGUGGCCAGUGGGGGCUGCUGAUGAGCAGUCCCUCUGAAUCCAAAAUAAAGCCAAUAAAUGCAAAACAAUUAGGAGGAAAGUUACAGAAGGACAUGAACGAGGAAAACCAAAGGUCUAGUCCUACUAGGCCAAACUAGAUAGAUAGAUAGGGAAGGCACUAUAUAAUAGAUACAUAGACUUUAUUUGUCCCCAAGGGGAAAUUAGGACUUUACAGAAGCUCAAGGGAGAGAAAGAGAAAUGCAGGUGUUGCUCUUUUGUAAUCACGUGGGGGUCUGCCGCACCUUAAGGUUGCAUUACUCAACAUUUCAUGGGAUUUUCAGUCACAAACUUCAUUCACAUAAUCUUAGCAAGUUGGAUGCAGUCACAGUGCAUUUCCAUGGCAGCGGUCGUGUAGUGUGACAUACCAGCAACCCAUCCCAACAAAAUCAAACAGCUUUGAUUACAUUAAGUCGCAUGUAGGAGUGGGCUUGUGUGGGCGUGAGAGCCGACAGCCAGGGUGUACAAUGCAUAUAGUCCGGCUACGAGGAAAAGGGAAAACAGGUGCUUUGGAGCUGACAGUGAGAAGUGAGACUCGUCUGCCUGAUGUUGUGUGUUUUAUGUACCACGACAGAAUGGUGGAAAAAAAAAAAACAAACACCAAAACAUACAACAUGGCCGAGAUUGCAGCUGAACUCGACCAACCUGUAAAGUCUUGGCACACGGGCAGCGGCUCUGUCAAGCAGCACCUUUAUUAACUGUCAGAAAAAAAGAGCUCACGAUAUUUUUGAAACGUGAAACUGUGCUGGAAAGCUGUCACUCGGUCUUCUAACUUGACAUACUCUGUGAUUUUUACUUGGGUAACAUGACUGCUGAGGCGACGAGAUGAGCAACUGCAGUUGUCAAGUGUGACAUCCCCUCCGACUAGAAGUUGUGUAAUGUGAUAUCAGCUCUACCCAUCUUCCUGUCCUUUGUUAGCGACGCUCCUUCCUGUCCAGUCCAUGCUCAUGUGGAUGAAAGGGUCUUUUCAAUCCUGGGUAGGAUUUGCUUGUGGAGUUUGGGUUGGCUUAGGGGAGCAUGGUUCCCACUGCCAGUGCACAAUCCACCAUGGCAUCCAACUGCCUAGAACUUUGGAAACAUCUGGCAUCUACCAUUCCCACUGGGCCCCGCACUCCCACAGUGUAUAAGCGUUAAUGUGUUAUGUCUCUCUUUAUUAAAAUAAGCUACUAAAUUAGCACACUAUCUACCCGGAUGCAGCGUGCAUCAACACUCUCACACUGACUAAGCAUCAUGGAUAUACAUUUGUGUGCCUUCAAAUUUGGUUUUAUUAUACGUAGCAUGCACAUAUUUUUUAAGUAUUGCUUAACCUACAGGUCAGGACGUCUUAACGUUUUUUCUUGCUACCCAGUUUGCCUAUUGCUUGUCUUGGUAACCCGUAACUGCCAUGGAACAGCAGCUGAUCACUGGGCCGUUCCCCCAAACAUCAUCCGGGGAUAUUUGAAAAUCGCUGCCCACUGUCAUCGGGGGGCAGGCAUGGGGGUUUAGGGGAAUUCAGGUAAUUCCACCUUUGAAAAUUGCCGCUGACCGCCGUCCUUGAAGAUCUGCUGACACUCUAGAUCUCGGGUUGUUUGUUUCAGCCAUGCAUAUCCCAUAGCUUAAGAACCCCUGCUCUAAAUUUAAGUUUUGAGGUUUAAAUUACCUACUGAUGUUUUUUAUUUGUUCAAGUUUCGUGACAACUGCUCUACAAGUAAAUUCCAGAAAGUAUAAUUAAUAGAUGCGAAUCUUAAAGUUACAUACUAGAGUUGAGUUACACCGCUGCCCUAAUUUUCUGUGGGGGAGGAAAUCAUUUAUACAGAACAGACAAUUAGCCAUUGAAAUGCGACCCAGCAGGCACUUGGCAGAGAGUGGCCAGCCACUAAUAACCUGGCAGGUGUCAAAUGCCACCUCUGACUGGUUGGCUGAUGCCGAACGGAAUUUUUAACCAGCCAGCCUGCCUGCCUGCCAAAGUGGCUGGAAACUGCUUUUCAUAGAAAGAAGUGCUGCAUAGACAGUGGCAGGAUAAAGUGUGGAAAUAAACGCAUUUAUGUAUAACUCUGUCUUAAAAUUAUGUGGUCUGAUCUUCAUCUAAGUUACAAUAAAUAAGAAGCACAAUCUUUUUUAAAUAAUAACACACACACACACCAUUGGAUUAUUCUUGUACAUACUGAAUACAGUGGCAUACAGAAGCUUCAGCCCCCUUAUUUAAAAUGUCUGUUACUGUGAAUAGUUAAGUGAGCAGAAGAUGAACUAAUCACCACAAGGCAUCAAGUUCAAGAUGACACAUUUCCUUAAUAUUUUAAGCAAGAUUACAUUUUUAUUUCCAUCAUUCACAGGUACAGAAUACCAAAAAAAUGAAAAGCACCUGAAGAAAAUGUUAAGGGUCUCCGACAUGGUCAAUACUUAGUAAGACCCUCUUUGGCGAGUAGCACAGCUUGUAAACGCUUGUUGUAGACAGAUAAGAGCCAUUCACUUCUUACUUGGGGUAUUUUCACCCAUUCAUCCUUGCUAAAACUUCUAAUUGUGUGAGAUUCUUGGGCCGUCUUACAUGCACUGCUCUGCUGAGAUCCAUCCACAGAUUGUCAAUGAUGUUCAGGUCGGGGGGCUGUGAGGGCCAUGGCAGAACAGUCAGCUUGUGCCCCUCGAGGUAUUCAUUUGUAGAUUUUGAGGUGUGUUUUGCUUCAUUAUCUUGCUGUGGGACCCAUCCUCUUUUUAAUUUCAACUAUUUUACAGAUGGUGUGAUGUUUGCUUCCACAAUUUGCUGGUAUUUAUUUAGUUCUAGUGUGUUGUACUGUGUUAGCCAUUAUAGAUGUGGUGAAAAGUUAAUCAAAAUGACACCUUUUAUUGGCUCUUGCCUGAAGAAGCGGCCUGAGGUGCGUCGAAAGUUUGCAUAUUGUAAUCUUUCUAGUUAGCCAAUAAAAGGGGUCACUGGUAUUUAUUUGAAUUUGUUCUUCUCUCUACCAAUGACACAUUCCCUGUGCCACUGCCGCUGUAACACAAGCCAAAAGCCUGAUCGAUCCACCGCCAUGCUUCAUAGUUGGAGACGUGUUCUUUUCCUGGAAUUUGGCCUCCUUUUUUCUCUCCAAACAUAUACCUUUGAACAUUUGGCCAAAAAGUUCUAUUUUGACUUCAUCAGUCCACAGGACUCAUUUCCAGAAUGCAUCAGGCUUGUUUAGAUGUUCAUUUGCAAGCUUCAGACACUGAAUUUUGUGGCCAGGAUGCAGGAAAGCUUUUCUUCUGCUGACUCUACCAUGAAGGCCACAUUUGUUCAGGUAUCGCUGCAGUGACAGUAGAACGGUGCACCACCACUCCAGAGUCUGACAAAUCUUCCUGAAGGUAUUUUGUAGUAAAAUGGAGUUUUUCAUAAUUUGCCUUUCUCUCAAUCCAAUGAGCAAUUCUUUCAGAACGUUUUCCUGAUCUUCCAGACCUCAAGUUGACCUCCACCAUUCUUGUUAACUGCCAUUUUUUAAUAACAUUGCAAACUGAAGAAACAGCGACCUGAAAACACUUUGCUAUCUUCUUGUAGCCUUCUUCUGUUUUGUGAGCAUCAAUUCUUUUAUUCUUCAGAGUGCUGGGCAGCUGCUUAGAGUAGCCCAUGGCUGCUGUUUGUUGGGACAAGGUUUGAAGAGUCCGAGAAUUUCGACAGCUUUGACAUUUGCAUCAGCUGAGGUUUCCAAACGAUGACUGUGAAGAAGUUGUAGCCCUGAUGAGCUAAUGGAGGUCUGUGACCACCUCGGGAAAAGUUAUCUCAAAUACCUUGGAGUGCCCAAACUUUUUGCACUUUGCUUUUCUUCAGUUUACAAUUGUACAAAACAAAAACAAUACACUAAUCUUGUAUAAAAUGCUGAAAUGUGUCACCUUUAACUUGAUGCCUUCUGGUGAUCAGUUCACCUUCUGCUCAACUAACUAUUUCCAGUAACAGACAUUUUAAGUAUGGGGGCCUAAACUUUUGCACAAUGAAUUCAGACAGUCACGAGUGUGUGAACCCCUAAGCUGAUGACAGGAGUCGGCCCACCUGGACACUGGAGGUGGGGUUUAAAGCUACUUUGACCAAUAAAAAAAAGGAAUUUGAAAAAAAGGAUAUGAAGCAUCCCUCACAAAAAAGGAACCUCAGAAGAUCUGCCAUCCAGUAUUGUUGGUUUGCAUGAAGCUGAGAAAGGUUACAAAGCAAUUUCAAAGAGUUUAGAUAUUCAUCAGGCCACGGUUAGACAAAUGGUGUAUAAAUGGAGAUGGUUUAGCACUGUGGCCACUCACUGAAGCUCAGUUGGGUGAUGUAGCAGGAAAUUUGACCGUAAACAUCUAAGUAAAUCUACAACAGAAUGAGGAGGUUAGGAUACAGUGCAUUGCCGCACCCACCACACGACAAACCAACUCAGGAUCCCAGAUUAGGAUCCGGGUGCAGCCAUGUGGCGGGUGACACCUCAGCACCACACAAGUUCAGAUGGAGUGGGACACUGUGAGGUUUUUUAUGGUGGGUGGAGUACCAAUUCUGUCACCAACCCCCAGGUUUUCCUUGCAGGUUGGAAGGCCUACAUGCAGGGCUGGUUGCAGAUUAACAUUAUACCCAGGACGGAGCAAUUGCAGGUUAAGGGCCUUGCUCAAGAACCCAACAGAGCAAAGUUCCUUUUUGGCAUUUACGGGAUAUGAACCAGCAACCUUCCGAUUGCCAGUGCAGAUCCCUAGGAUCAGAGCCACCACUCCGCCCGAGACAACAGAAUGGCUGUAAAAAAAAAUAAAAUAAAAAGGGAAAUCUGCCUUUUGGAGGAGCCCAGUCAGGCCCAAGACCUUAACCCAACAAGGAUACCAUGGAAUGACCUCAAGGAAGCUGCUCACACCUGACGUCCUAAGACUUUGGUACAGCUGAGGCAGUUCUGACAGGAAGAAGGGCCCAGAAUUCCUUGUGAGCAUUUUGCAGGCCUGAUCCACAGCUACCCGAGGCGCUUGCUUGAGGUUCCUGUUAUGAAAUCCAAGGGUUCACGCACUUUUUGCACAGCACAGAGUGAAUGCUUGACGGGUGGGUUCAGUAAAGAUGUGACAGAUUCUAAUUGUGUGGGUAUUAUUAGACUAAGCGUAUUGUGUUUGUCUAGAGUUGUGACUUGGAUGAAGAUCAGAUAACAUUUUAGGACCAAUUAACACAGACCACCAGGCCAUUCCAGUCGUUCACAUAGUUGUUUCUGGAGUAAAUUCUGUUCUGCCCUCAUAAGCAUCUGGGAUGGAGCAGGUAGAGAAUACAAAUGGGCAGCAAAAAGCCCGGGAUCGAGGCAGCCAGCAGAGACGUUUGGGGUCUCUUUUGAAUGCUUAACUGAGAGCCUCCUUGCACAUUGACAUGCAGUGUUAAGGAACCUUUACUGUGCAUUUUUGUAAAAUUUAAUGAGAUUAUUCUGUUUGGUUACAAGCUCUUUCAUAUAGCAAGUAUAAAACAUACAUGAAUUCAUUUGUCCAAAUCUGCUAGUAUAACGUCAUGGCUUAAAGGAGGCCAACCACGAGUAUACUUGCGGAAAAUUUUCAUUUAAAAGUAGAGCACAAAAAAGGGAAACACACUAAAAUAUAAUCUGCUCAUAACAAAAGAACCCAGCUGUAUUGUCAUAUUACAUGGGCUGUCAUAUCUCACCUGCAGUGAUGAUUUAAAUUUAUUUAAUAUGAAACACUAAGUGCAAUGACCCCAUGCUGUAAAAGUGUCAGGUUUGUAAGACAUAAGUCCAAUAAAUUCUAAUUAGACAGCCAAGAAAUGGUAAUUUUAUCAGGAAGUGUCCAUGACUGCAGCCUCAUUACACAAAUCAGUUUUACCUGCGCGUCUUUAUCCUUCAUGGAAAAUUUUAACAAUUAGAAGGAGAUUAUAGGGGCCCAGUGUGUGUCAGCUGUUGCUGUAGCCCCCCCGGGGGGAAUACGCAUUCAGUGAGCUUACGUGCUUUGAAAAAAGUCACAUCCUCAGUUGUCUGGCGCAGGAGGUGAGGACACUAAUGUGAUCAUUCCCAAACCCCCCCAAACCCCCCAGAGUCAGUCAGUUAAUAAAAAAAAAUCAUCCAGCAUUGUAAAAGUGAGCGUUUCUUAAACAUUCUGAGACUGUGGACCCUGUGCAAAAAUAUUUCUUUUCACGGAAUUUCAAGAAAAGAUGCGUCUCAUUCACAAGGACAAAUAUUGUUGGGUCAAAUGGGAAUUAUAUGGAAUGCAAAAAAACAGACAUAACAAGUCAGCAAGCGACUUUUAUAAAAGAUAGACAACGCAUAAUCAAAUAAAUACAUGAAUACAUGAUAUUCUCUUAUUUGUACGCCAUUAUGUCAGCUCUUACAGGUGUAAGUGUGCGAGAUGAGCUCUUCGCUGAGCUGCUCUGACUUAAUCAGGCCUUGACAGCAGGACCCCCCCCCCAAACACACACACUCAAUGGCACCCCUUCACUUCCUUCUCCUCUCCUUUUAGCUGUGUCUGCUCAUUACAAUGGCUACCCAUUCGUUUCUUUAGGCCCUUAGCCUUGCACAUUCCUGUCAUUACAGUACAUAGGAGUAUUCUUUUUUAUAUUUGCAUUCCUGUUUUUGUGACUGUGUGCCAUACUGUUAACAACGGUGAAGACUGAACGGCUCACGGUUCAGAUUUCUGGUGAAUUUGUCUGUUUUUCUUACACACACACACACAAAUAUGUAAUAAUGCUGGCUAAGCCUCUCAGUGGCUGUUACAAAAUGACAGUUUCAUUGAAAGGCAGGUAGCUGGUGUAAGUUUGUAUUUUCACAAGUGUCCAUUUGUCACUUCCAUACAAUUUAAUGUUGUGCGUCUUGAUGGCUAAUGCCACAAUAAGGUGCAAGGCAAAUCUUUUCCAUAUUCUUGGAGUCAGGAAGUGAACAGGUGAUGCCUUUUAUUCAGAACACCCUCAAUUGUCUCCUUAUUUCUGCUUUUUGAAGCACUGGCGGCUCAGGGUCACACAAAGCACGUUGGUGGUGGGAACUGAACCAGUGACCUUGUGGUUUACUUACCAGAGACCGCACUGCCAGGGCUCAGCAGAAUUAGUAGCCAACCUUCAGUAAGACUGAGAUUUUUAUAAAUCAAAAGGAGUGACACGCAGUACUUCUUAUGGGGGCACUUUUAGUCACUCCUGUAUUUGGAAUAACCUUCAGUCUGAAAUGUGAGCAGAUUUUAUUUACACUUUAUCCAUCCAUCCAUCCAUCCAUCUCCUAAACCCACUUUAUCCUGAGCAGGGUCCUAGGGAAGCUGGAGCCUAUUCCAGCAAGCACUGGGCUCAAGGCAGGAACAAUCCCUGGACAGGACGCCAGUCUUCAGCAAAUUUGAUUUACUUGUCUCAGUCAGUGCAAUUCUAUAUUUGAUUUCCAUUAAUUAACUACAUUUCAUUCCAUACUGAAAACUUCCGAUAUAUUUGAAUCCUUUCUGUAAUGUUCAGGACUCUAGCAUAUGAGCCAUUUAACUGCAUAAAAUGAUACAAAAUAAUUAUAAAAUAGUGAAUCUCCUGCUUCUGCCAGGUCUGUGUUGCCUAAAAUAGCAGUACAUUUAGAUUUCCUUUAGCGAAUGUUCAUGCCUGGGAAUUUUAUUUGUGCAUUUCAGUGUAUAACGCCUGUAUGCUGAACCUGUCGGAUAACCGGAGGUUCUUCUGAAUUCUUGUACAAUGCUUAGGAGGCGAGUUUAAUAUUUAAAUAUGUGCAGUGUGGCAGAAUGGCGUUUGUGUAAUUCAUCACUUCUAAUCUCGGUUCAGACCGAGUCAAACUAAAUUAACACAAGACGACUUUGCUUUUUCAAUCUUAUUUAGUAUAUGAAGAAAAAUGUUAAAUAUUUAAACUUUUAAUUAUUCUGAAGACUAUUGGUCGAUUUUGCAUUAAACUUACAUUUUUAUGUUUUUUUUUUUUUUUUUACUAUACAUGUUAAUAUAUUGAGAUUGUUUGUGAUUAUAAUUGUCUCACUUUGUAUGCCGCAGCAUUGAUAAUAAUAAUGUUGCAUUAGGACCAUG